GCAUUUGAACCUAAAUCCAAAUGUAUUCAAAAGAACAUCUUCCUUGGUAAAAAUUGUUUGGUUUCUGGGAAAGAAGAUUGUCUUUAUUUGAAUAUUUAUAGACCAAUGGUUUCUAAUGCACAAGAUUUGUUGCCCGUAAUGAUAUUUAUUCAUGGAGGCGGAUUUUUUGCGGGAAGCGCUCACCCAGACGUUUAUGGACCAGAAAAGUUAAUGAAAACGCAAAAAGUUAUUUUAGUUACCUUUCAGUAUCGUUUAGGUCUCCUAGGAUUUUUUUCGACUAAUGAUACAGCAGCACCAGGCAAUCAAGGUUUUAAAGAUCAAUUAGGUGCUUUGCAAUUCAUUCAUAAGUACAUACAAUAUUUUCAUGGUAAUCCUGAAAAAAUAACACUAGUUGGUCAUGGUGCUGGAGCCGCAUCUGCUCAGUUACAAUUAAUGAAUCCCCAAACUAAAGGGCUUUUCCAUAGAAUGAUUUUGUUGAGUGGUACUGCUAUUGCACCUUAUAAUGAACCUACAGUUAAUCCAGCUAAGCAAGUUUAUCACUUAGCUGAGUACUGCGGAAUUAAGAACGCGAGUCAAUUAAGUACCUUUGAAGUAGUGAAAAAAUUAAAAGAAAUUGAUGCGGAAACCCUAAUUCAAGCUGCUGACUAUUUUCAUACAAACGGAAUUGAUCCAGUAGUUGUUUUUAAAAUUGUUUUAGAGAAUCCAGAAAGUAAAACUGCUUUUAUAACAAAACAUCCAAAAGAACUUUCAAAAACUGGUAAAUAUUAUUAUGUUCCAAUUUUAACCGGCAUUUUGGAAAAUGACGGUUCCGUAAGAACUAUGUCAAUGAGGAAUAACGAUACAGAAAUUAAGAGAUUCAACACAGAUUUCAAUGAUAAUUUGGCUGUAUUACUUGCCGUUGAAAAUAAUGACGAUGUUCUUGGGAAAAUAAUUGAUUAUUAUUUAAAGGGUGAACGAAAUUUGAAUAAUAUGACGUUUAAUAAUUUUGAAAAGGUAGUAAGCGAUCGAGCUUUUAUGUACCCAUUUUAUGAUGCAGUUUUGGAUUUAUUGGAGUUCAGUGAUAAAUCUUUGAUAUUAUACAAAUUUGAUAAAAAAGUUUCUGCUUCCUUUUCAAAAGUUUAUACAUCCGAUUAUAUAGAUUCCUCCACCAGUGGUUAGUACUUUAAAUAAUCUUUAAAAUAUUUAAAUUUUAUGUUUAUGUGUAUAUGUCUUAUCGUUGUAGGACCCGUUCAUGGAGACGAUCUUUUAGAACUAUUUUAUUUUAAAACAAAGAAAUUUAAUUUAAAAACAAAUGAUAGCAUUGACAAUUCUCCAUUUUUUGACUAUAUUAUAAAAUUUAUCACAGAUGAACCAA